GUUGCCAUCAAUACAUGCAAUGAUUUGCAGUAUUUUUGUCUAACAUUUCACUCAAACAUUGUCUGCUUUUUUGGGACUCAUUUGAAGUGAUAAUUAAGACACCGAUUGACGCAAACCAUGGCCAACGACCUGACGUACGACGGGGGACGCCUCCUGAAGAUGGAAGUGGACUACAGCAACACCGUUGACGAGCGGAUCCCCACGUGUCAGCAAUUGGCCAAAGAGGGCAAACUGCAGGAGGCGUUGGACUCGUUGCUGGCGCUCGAGAAGCAGACGCGAACUGUAAGUGAUAUCCGU